AUGGCAAUACUCACAGGUGAGUUUUUACCUGCUGUUCUCAGCAAAUUACAGAAGAAGGAAGUCAAAGAGGGACAUUGAAUUGUUUACAUAAGGACAGGGGAGAGUAAGGUGUCAGGGCUAUCAUCUACAUCUUCUAGGACUGUUGAUAACCUUGAUCUAACAAUUUGCUUCUGCAUAAUGUCAUCCUUUAAUUGACUGACUUCAUGGACUGCUGUUUGACUCAUAAUAAAAAAGGACACUCAAUUAAUUAUUUAUAAUUACCAUCAUUCGGGCAAGCCAACAUGUUUCCCUCUGAAGCUGUACAUUAAGCUGUAGGAGAGAAUGUAAACCACAAUAUGCUAACAUCUCAUCCAUUUACAUCAGUAGCCUUGAAAGUUAUUGGUACCAAUAUAAUAACUUGUCCUCUGACACCAAUGAACUGGGAUACAGUGACAGGAUCACUCCUGUCAUGUGCAUGUAACAUACAUUAUGAAGAAAUACCCAAAUCUGUUCUGUUGUUGUCUCUCUGGGGUCUUGUUAUGGUACCAGAUGGUUGCUGAGGUAAAAGAAAAUGUCACAUUCACCACAACGGUUGAUCCAGAGGAGAACGUGACCUCAAUGUAAUCAUCGUACCAUCACUCAUGACAACAUCAGGCCUGGAUAUGAAGACAGGAUCACUCUGGACAAAACCACUGGAUCUCUUGAACUCAGGGACCUGGCCCCGUUGACGGGUACAAAAUACAAAGUAAGCCUUUUCUUAAAGAAGGAUCACUGCUGAGUGGGGAAACAAGACUGGAGGUAUAUGGUAAGUACUACUGAUUUAGAUCUAGGAAAUGUAGGAAAUGGUUUUAAAAUAAAGUACACUUUCCCUCUGUGAUGAAAUCAGAAACAUCCAAGAAUCUGUAUAGAUUGUAUAUGUUCAGGCCAUGUGAGGGUGUAGCUGUUUGUCAUUUACAGUUUAAUGAGCUGCUGUUUCUCAAAUCCAGUCAGUUGUCUGGGCACAGUGCCAUUUCUCCACCUCAUUUGUUUCCAAUGAUCUCAUUCAUUUUAGUUAGUAGUGUAUGAUGAAACAAUGUGUUCAGAAAAGGUACAUUCUUCAGAAAUUGUCUUCUACGCAAAGAGAAGGUAGUUAUUAUGUUUUUAACCCACAGAGCGAGUCUGCAACAUGGUGAUAACUCCCUAUAACACAGAUUUAGUGGAGUUCAACAGCUAUGUCAGUUUGUCCUGCUCCUCCUCUGCCUCCUCCCUUUCUUACCGCUGGCUGAAUGGCAGCUCUGAGGUCACAGCCAGUGAUGGAGUUCAGCUUGUUGAUGGAAACUCUCACCAUAGUCAGUGUGACCUGGUAUGACCCGGGACCAUUCAGCUGUACCGUGUUCAACCCAAUGAUGUGUAUGAACCCUGGAUUAUUGAUGCCAUGUAAUGGCCAAUGAGAGGCUUUGAAUCCACCUGCCACCAUAUUGGAACUCCUCAGAAGGAGUAAUCCUCCAUAGGAAUGAAUGGAAAUCUACAGUAUUUCAAUAAAAUGUUUCAAGGACAAAAUUACAUGUAUUUAAGUAUUUAUUUGUUGUAGUGGAGACAGUAACCUUAGUACUCUCCCAAAAAAUUCCUUUAAGUAAUAUGUUUUAUAUACUUUUUUGUUGUUGUUCAAUUCACAUAAUAUAAUUUAAAAGUAUGCAUUAAGGUGUCUGAAAUAGAAUAUACUUGUCAAAAAUGAAUGUAGACAAUAAUAAAUGGAUUUAUAUAGCUUCCAAAAUAUGUUUUACUAUGGAGGAGUACCAAAAUGCCUGCGCAAUGGUUUCAAAACAGCGGCCCCCUUGUCAGUCAUCUAGGAUUAAUACAUAUAAUUGGUUCGACCCCGUCAGUAAUGGAACCAGCCAGCCUCUAACCCUCACUAUCAGCUGUGAGUCCAUUUUCUUUAACAAACUGUAUGCAACUGUAUGUUUUAUCCAAUUACUCCUCAAGUUAUUCUACAGGCUCAUAUGACCUACACUUGUUGAACACUAUAGCUGGUUGAAUUUUGCCUCUUGGUCUUGACCAUGACAUUGAUUGGACAUUGAUGUUUUAUUGGGCUUACAAUGGUUUUCAAAUGUGUCGCAUAAGGUUCAGAAAACACCACAAUGAAGGUGACCCCUUUAGAUAACCCCUCUAGACCCCUUUAGGGCGGCAGGUAGGCUAGUGGUUAAGAGCGUUGGGCCAAAAGGUCGAAAGGUCGCUGGUUUGAAUCUGUCGAUAAUUUAAAAGUAGAUGUACUGUAUGGAUCAGGGUCAGAACAAACAUGGUGGAUAAAUGAAGAUGUCUUACUCAUGCAGUUUACCAUUGGAAAAAAUGGUCAAGGUUCCUGUCUGUGUAGAUGGGCCCGUGUGGCGGGGGCAUAAGUAGACCAGAGUGGCCCCACCCUGACCUAAAACAAAUGAGGUAGUGGGGUGUCUCGCUUCGCUAAUGUCUCUGGUCAGACCUCACUAUGUCCUGCUCAACAGAGUUCAGUCCUUCUGCCCAGCUCACCAUCAAGUUUGAUUAUUUAAUCAGCUGUGUACUGUAGGGUAAAAAACCAAAACGUGCACCAAGGGGUUGCCCCAGGACUGAGUUUGUGAAACCCUGCAAUAAGGGAUCGCCAGUUUCUCAUGGUGUGAACAACAUAAUUGAAAAGCCUUUGAGAAAGAUGCAGACAUACAUUUCCCACACACAUCUCUGAAUAACUCUCACACUAAUGUCACACCACCACUGCAUAGAUAGGAAAAGGCCCCCUAUAUGGCCGUAGUGGCCAGUUACAGAGUGCAAGCCCAGAACGUGUCAAAACUUCAGUAUACCAAACCACACACACUAGAGAUGACAAUGCCCAACCCUGCCCAUAACACCCAUUGGACUGACAAGGCUAUCCAAAUAUUUGUUGAUAACUGCUUUAAUGUCUAGUUUUCAUAGUAAACCAAAAUUGAAACUAAGAAAGUGAGACAACAACGAUCUCACCUAAUAGCUUGGUAACUUAACAAUAAGUAAAUGUCAACAAUAUGAUGAUUUUAAGAUAAAUAACUUAGGUAACCGAUUGAGAGAUUGUUUUACGGCUAGGAAUUAUUGGACAUUCACAUGUUGUGGGGGGAUAGAGGAAAUCUGCCCUCAAUUCUUCUUAAACCUGCACUAUCUGAUGAAAGAAAGGCCACCUUAUGGCCUUAUGCCUUACAGAGUGCAAGAGACGGCACAACUUCAGUGAAAUCACAACCUUGUCAUCCUACUCUAGAAUGACAAUUACCAACCUGACUGUGUAGUUUUUGUUUAUUUAGGCAGUUUCAUUAAAGAUAUUACACACAUUUGUAAAAUUGAUCAGCAUUGGCACAUUCUAGAACCGUAUGGUCAAUUUAAUAUAUAAAUCUGUUCUUUAGUUUGGUCUUUCCACCAUCAGAGUCAGUAAAUCAUCAUCAACAAGAAACCGCAUGAUAACACCCGUGUGAAAUUGUAUAUAAUCAUAGAAUAAAUAUAUCUGUGUUUGCUAAUCUCUUUUGUGUACUUUAUCAGUUUGAAACAAAACUUUAAUAAAGUAAUUACACGAUACGUAAACUGAUAAGCAUGUGGGAUGUAAUGUUAACUAUGAUGUAUAUCAUCAAAGUAUUUAUAGAACACUGUAUUGUGAAGUGUGGAGUCAAAGAAGGAAGCUGGAGUAAUGUAUUGCUUUACAUGAUUGAAAAACAGAAUUAAUAAUAACGAUUACUUUUCUCCAUCAACUGUUGUUCUUUGUGUCAAGUGUGACCAGAGUAUGUUGAUAUGACCUAAUUACAUUCAGUUCAUUCAUUCAUACAAAGCUGGGUGUUGGUUCUAAAGUGACCCUACAGUGAUGUCAAUGUUAGAGAAGGAGUAUAAAGCACUAACUUUUAUUAGAUAUAGAAUAUAUAAUCUAUUAUCAGAAAAUACCUCAAGACCAAAGUCCACGUUUAUCAGUCAAAGCUUCCAAAGCAAUAGAGGGCAACAGGCUCAGUGAAUGUAACCCCUCCCCCACAGCUUCCUUAUUAGUAUUAGUGGAGGUGGAUUGUAGUGUUCCAAUAGUGGAGUUUGGUCAUUUGUUCCUUCAUGCAGUGAUGUAACUCAUGAAAACAUUUUAUCUCAAUAUUUCAUUUCAGGUUUUGGUGUCACUGUAGACCGCUUUAUUGAAGCCCUGUCUCCUAUGUAAUACUUAUUUGUAGAGACAGAAAUACAGUCUGAAUCACAGACAUUUGAUACAGAAGAGAUGGUGGCAGCUGCAGUCGUCUUUCUUACCAUGGGAAUACUCUCAGGUGAGACCUUAUCUGCUGCACUCAAUAAAAUACAGCCACACAUAGGUUCACUAAAAGCACCAACAUGGGGUCAAUUUUGACACCAAGGGGUAAAAAAUGUCAUUAUUUCCAAACCCUUUCACGAUCCUUCUGAAAUUUUAGGACCAUCAAUUCUGUGUUAAUGUAAUAUAUUCUUCUCCUCUCCCAUGACAGUAGGAAUUGUCCUUCAAUAAAUAGCAGGUUCUUUGUCAAUAGUCAUAGACGUAGUUUCAAUUAUGUUUCAUAUCCAUCUCUAAGGGCAUACACAUUUAAUUAAAUGUUUAACGGAUUGCUGUCAGACCUUGUCCAUAGAUGGCUUACAUGGUAAAGAAUCCAAUAUGUCAUUUAGUAAUUUGGGUGAACUAUCCCUUUCAGGUGGGUGACAAAUGCUUGCUUAAUAUUUGCUCUCACAAAAUAUAGUUAUUUCCACUAUGGCACAGUGGCUCCAAUAGUGGCCUUCAAAAAUGUUCUUGAUAAAAUAAUUAUUUUAUAAGAGCGUUUAAGAACUUAUUUGAAAAUGUUUCCACUUAUGUCUUUGAUUACAGCAUUUUGUGUUUGUUUUGGAGACAUGAUAUCAAGCCCUGUUGUUGUUUCCUCAGGAUAUUGUGCUGGUCUAGAAGUGCUUCCACCUGGACCUGUGAAUGGAACAUUGGGAGGAAAUGUGAUUUUCAAAAACCACCAUCAAUCCAACCACACUUAGUGCAAUCUCUGGACAUUUGGUGAUCCCCCUGUCACCAUGUUGACUUUCUCAGUUCUGAAGGUCCUGUGAUCAGAGCGGGAUAUGUUGGUAGGAUCAGUCGGGACAAUAGCACUGGAUCUCUGGAGCUCAGGAAACUGACCCUGGCUGACAGUGGAGAAUACAGAGUGAUCAUAGGAGAGUCUGAUUUUAUGCAGUUGGCAGAUACUUCACUGAAUGUUUAUGGUGAGUACCCCCUGAGUUCCAAAAGAUGUCACUGA